AGAGAGAGAGAGAGAGCACUAUGUAAACAGGCUGUCAGAAAAGAAAGUGCAGGGACAUUUUCGCCUGCUUCAGCCAAGGGAGAGCAUUGCACACCGAUGGAUAAUCAUGAGAGGAAGAGAGAGAGAUGGUGUGAGAGAGAGAGGUUUAAUUAAUUCAUGCAGGAGGGGAGGGAUAUUUCUGCCGCUGACUGAGCUGGUUCCAGCGGUGCCUGUAGCAUUUUAUUUGCGAGCCCAUCCGUUUGUGCGCUGACUGUGGCAGCACUUAGAGCAGCCAGAAUUCAGCAACCCUGCAGCAGAUAUCAUCACCUGAACAAGCAGAGAAGAAAGUCAUACGUGUUUGAAACAAAAUAGAGCAGAGCAUGUCUCGUUUCAUAAGGAUGGAGGGAGUGGAUUUGACUUCUUGCAGUGUAAUAGCAGCAGGAAAUUGAUGUACCUCAAUAAAAACUCAUUUUCAACCUGUCUGUUUGAGGCACCACAAUCACUCUGGUUUAUAGGUCAUCAGUUCAGCCACGCUGUGCACACCUGUCACCUCCCCAUCCAAAUCACAGUUCCUACCUGUGGCGUGGCACGGCACACACCUCACCUUGACCCUCGUCCUUGCAUCCCUCCCUUGUUUGCCACUCCAUGCCGGGGACGCCUCUUGGCCAUCUGCUCAUAAGGGAAGCAGUUAAGAUGCUGCCAGGUCUCACCAUCUCAUUCUCAUACCUCACCCGAGGAUAAUCACCUCAAUUCCCCCUGCUCGCCGCACACGCUCCGACUGGCGAGAUGGGUGACUGGGUGUGUCUGAGCCCGGCUGAGUUCUCCCAGCUUCAGCAGUACAGUGAGUAUUCCUCCAAGAAGCUUAAAGAUGUGCUGGAAGAGUUUCAUGGAAAUGGUAUCCUCUCCAAGUACAAUCCUGAGCAGCCCAUCGACUAUGAGGGCUUCAAGCUUUUCAUGGCCACCUACCUGGAGAAUAACAUCCCGGAGGAAUUGUGCAAACACCUCUUCACCUCCUUCAAGAGCAAGAAUGGUGGCGGCAGCUCCCCUGACGCUUCGCGAUCUGGAGCAUGCAUGCUAGGUAUGAAUGGAAAGAGUAUUCUGAGUGCUAUGGGCCAUCUUACACCAGAGCACUCUUCAGGGAUUACUCCAGGCUCAGGGGCCACCCCGUCUCCCUGCUCCUCACGCUCCUCCUCACAACGCUCCGGCACAGGGGGCCACACACCCAGAAGCCCCCACCAGUCGCCCUGCACGCAGCCCAAGCCCCCAGCGGGCAGCAGCAGCAGCAAUGCUUUGGCUCUCUCCAAGACCACCAACUCCCCACGUCUCUCUCCAGAACGAAGUCAAUCUGAGAAGUGUUCAUCUCUCCGGAGGAGUCCUUCUCCACAAAAGGGCUCUCCACUGCCCUCGCCCCAAGUGGUCUUCCUCAAAGACAUUGUGUGCUACCUGUCCCUGCUAGAGAGAGGGACACCAGAGGACAAGCUUGAAUUCAUGUUCCGGCUGUACGACACAGAUGGCAACGGUGUGUUGGACAGUUCAGAACUCGACCGCAUAAUAAAUCAGAUGGUCCAUGUAGCUGAGUACCUGGAAUGGGACUCUACAGAACUUCGGCCGAUUCUUAAGGAGAUGAUGGAGGAGAUUGACUAUGAUCGAGAUGGAACAGUCACACUAGAGGAGUGGAUCAGAGGAGGAAUGACCACCAUUCCACUCUUAGUAUUGCUGGGAAUGGAGACGAAUGUGCAGGAAGAUGGGCAGCAUGUUUGGAGACUGAAGCACUUCAACAAGCCAGCAUACUGUAAUUACUGCCACACUAUGUUGUUAGGGGUGCGAAAACAGGGCCUUUGCUGCUCACUAUGCAAGUACACAGUCCAUGAGCGCUGUGUGUCCAAAGACAUUGCUACUUGCAUUAGCACCUACGCCAAAUCCCGCAGACACACCAAUGCUAUGCAGCAUGUUUGGAUGGAGGGCAACUCUCCAACAAAAUGUGACAGAUGUCACCGCAGUAUCAAGUGCUAUCAAGGUCUAACAGGCCUUCACUGUGUUUGGUGUCAAAUCACUCUCCAUAACAAGUGUGCGUCCCAUGUGAAGUCUGAAUGUGAUGGUGGACCAUUUAAAGAUCACACUCUCCUGCCCUCAUACAUCUGCCCUGUUGUUCUGGACCGUCAGCCUGCUUUAAAAAGAGGUGAAGAAGAGUCAUCCCCCAAUACAAGCCCUGAAGAUACUGGCCAGUGUUUCAAGUUCACUGGUGAUGGUCAAGCACUGCAAAUCACCCCUCUGCCUGGAACACAUCCCCUUCUUGUGCUGGUUAACCCUAAGAGUGGUGGUCGGCAGGGUGAGAGGGUGCUGCGGAAGUUCCAGUACCUUCUCAAUCCCAGACAGGUGUACAGUCUGGACCAGGGAGGACCCAUGGUGGGGCUCAACUUUUUUCGAGACGUGCCUGAUUUCCGUGUGUUGGCCUGUGGAGGCGAUGGAACAGUGGGGUGGAUUUUGGACUGCAUUGAUAAGGCAAAUUUUGCUCGGGACCCCCCUGUCGCAAUCUUGCCACUGGGAACAGGGAAUGACCUUGCUCGCUGCCUGAGAUGGGGCGGAGGCUAUGAAGGAGGCAGUCUGGUCAAAUUUCUCAGGGACAUCGAACACAGCACCGAGGUGCUGCUUGACCGCUGGAACAUCGACAUCAUCCCUGAUGAUAAGGAGGAAAAGGGUGACCCUGUGCCCUACAGCAUAGUAAACAACUAUUUCUCCAUUGGAGUGGACGCAUCCAUAGCACAUCGCUUCCACUUGAUGAGGGAGAAACAUCCUGAGAAGUUCAACAGCAGGAUGAAAAACAAGUUGUGGUACUUUGAAUUUGGCACCACAGAGACCAUCUCAGCCACUUGUAAAAAGCUGAAUGAAAUCAUUGAGGUGGAGUGUGAUGGCAUCAUCUUGGACCUGAGCAACACGUCUCUGGAGGGCAUUGCUGUGCUCAAUAUUCCCAGCAUGCAUGGGGGCUCCAACCUCUGGGGCGAGACCAAGAAAAGACGCAAUUACAAUCGCAUGAGUAAGAAGGUACCAGAAAGGAUGACUGCCAGCACCGUCACCGAUGCCAAGGAGCUCAAGUUUUGUAUGCAAGAUCUGAGUGACCUGCUUCUGGAGGUGGUGGGUUUAGAAGGAGCAAUCGAGAUGGGUCAGAUCUACACAGGUCUCAAGAGUGCUGGGCGGCGCCUUGCACAGUGUUCCAGUGUCACCAUCAGGACGUCCCGGCUGCUGCCCAUGCAGAUUGAUGGAGAACCAUGGAUGCAGCCUCCUUGCACGAUACGGAUCACGCAUAAGAACCAGGUGCCCAUGCUGCUGGGGCCACCCCAGAAAACAUUCUUCUUUUUCAAGAAGCUCAACAGAAGUCGGGACUAGAUGUGGGACUCAAAAACCACCACCUCUUCAAUCAUACAAAUACACACAAACAUCUCCACCUUCCUCAGCCUCUUCUUCGUCUUUGGGUGUUUGGGGCCCAGAUAGAAGGGGCUGUGUGCAGAUAUUUACACUUUGGAACACUUUAUUGAACUUUCAUUGUCAAAUGUUAAAAACACUGUAAUGAUAACACUGUAAAAGACCUUUAAUGGCCAGUGGACUCCAGUCUCCCAACAUAGCCUGAUCUUCACAGGCUGAACCAAUUGAAUGGACCCUUUCUGAGUGUCAUGACCACUUCCUGUGUCUUAUCAUCCAGAAAGUCUUAUUGCAGGCACCGUGGCCUGUAAGCUAUAACUCAGUUCCAACUAAAUUGCCCCCUACCACUUCCUUGGGAUCAACACUGUGCCAUCUCCCUUCUCUUGAGAAGGCUCAUUAUAAUAUACUGCCAAUUUCCAUAAGAGAGAGUUGGGGGGGUGGGGGGGGGAGAAGAUUCAAAUGGUAGACCAGAAGGGCAAGAAACUAUGAUGACUGAGAGGAAAUACCAAAAAAUCCACUAAGCAGGGAUGAAAGUUAAGUAAGGUAAAGGGAGGAGAGGUCUGUUCAAGUGAAAAGAGAAGAAGAGAAAGUGAGACACGCUGGCACAAUAAUGUUGUUAAAAUGAGAGUCAGUGGUGCACAUUUGAACGUCAGUGGGCCCUGUUUUAGCCUAGUAGGACCAGGGAACAAACUUUUCUCCAGCAGGAGCUUAAUGAAUUAUAGAUAAGUGCAUGCAAAGCACUCGUUUCAGUGGCUCUCCAAGGCCCUACAACAUGCCACCACUAAAGAGAUGAAACAGCAAACUCAUCUAUAAUGAAUAUGUUUAUGGGGUCAGCUGAUAGGGAUAGGACAGACUGGGCUAAAAAAGAUGUAACAUUUCAGCUUCUGUUGUUUGCUUUGGGCAUUUUUGCUGUUCACCCUCAGGCCUCAAAACUGACCAGUGCAAGUUUUGUUAAAUACAGUUGGUUGGAUGUUUUUAGGGGCUUUGAAAUAAAAAAAAAGUAGGUUGAAGGAGCUCUUAAAGCUGUGAAGUGUGUAAUUUUUGGGAUGUUAAAAUACUGUUCUAUAACAGAUUAAUAUGCUUAGACAACCAUAAUUAAGCUAUCUGUAGGUCAAUUCCCCUCAAAUGUGUAAGCACUGUGGCUCUGUUGUGCUCGCUGUUUUUGCUUGAGGUUCCCGAACAGCCCGAAAUAGUAACAUUCAGAAUAUCUGGGGGCCUGGGUAGCACAGCAAGUGUUGACGCUGACUACCACCCCUGGAGUCGUGAGUUCAAAUCCAGGGCGUGCUGAGUGACUCCAGCCAGGUCUCCUAAGCAACCAAAUUGGCCGAUUGUUGGGGAGGGUAACCUCCUCAUGGUCGCUAUAAUGUGUGGUUCUCGCUCUCGGUGGGGCGCUUGGUGAGUUGUGCGUGGAUGCCGCUGAGAAUAGCGUGGGCCUCCACAUGCGCUACGUCUCCACAGUAACGCGCUCAACAAGCCACAUGAUAAGAUGCACGGAUUGACGGUCUCAGACGCAGAGGCAACUGAGAUUCGUCCUCAGCCACCCAGAUUGAGGUGAGUCACUACGCCACCACGAGGACUUAGAGCGCAUUGGGAAUUGGGCAUUCCAAAUUGGGGAGAAAAGGGGAGAAAAACAAAACAAACCAAAAAAAACAUUCAGAAUGUUUACAUUCACAUGAAAAGUUAAAUUUCAGUCAGACUAAAACUAUCAUUUGUCUUUUUAAAAUGUGAUUUAAAAGCUUUAGUCUGACUGAAAUCAGAUUUUUGCAGAGUCGGACUAACAGACCUAGAUAAAGCGAUUGUUGCUCAGCUUCAUCAAUCAUGUACAUACACAUUAAUACGACCACAAUUGGCCUCGGCAUUGUGCACAUGCUCCAAAAGACAGAGCUGAUGCACAUGUUUUUAACACUUCCUUAAGUCAAAAAUAUACUUCGUUCAGACACGAGGCGUCUUCGUACAGGAUAUGUCACGCUAAUUUUGUCAUCAGCAGAGUGCUCGAGCAUGAUUUUUCUAACCGCAAGUUCUCUGAAUGCGCAAAAUGGCCAUGCGUCUGGAAUUAUUUGCACUAAUUAGUGUGUCCACAAGGUGGUAACACUCACAAUUGAGCCAUUGCUUUUCGAAGAAGGGCUAGAAGAAGAUGUAACCACCGCUAAACAUUAGGAGACAAAGGUGGAAACAACAGCAGUGGAUGUGCAUUUCAAAAGAGUGUGUGAAGAGGUAAGGAGAUACCUGCAUUUGUAUAACUUGUGCCUGAGGGAAUAUAAAGACAUCUUUAUGGGUCUAAACUCCUGAAGAGAAAUAGUCCAGUAUCUCAUAGCAGUCGUAGCGCGUAUGCGCCAAUCGCCUAUGUGUGCAAGCACCAUCAAAUGAAGUAUAUAAGGCUAGCAUUCAACUGUACACAGACGCUAAGCGUUGUGUCAAAACCGAAGUAUACUUUGGGCUUUAGCUGAAAUCCUUCCAUUAAAUAUUUGAUUCAAAAUAUUAGAAUAAUAUAGGAUUAUUGUGUCACGCAUUCUUUUACAGACUGAUGAAGACAGUAGCUCGACUAUUCAAAAACCCGCUUUAACUCAUUUAUAAUUGUGUAUGUAAACGUACUGAUUGAAUCAACCAAUGGUGCGAGUUUGUAGUGGGACUACCUGUUUUUCUGACCAAAGGCAGUCAGGGGGAGUGUUCGAGAAAAUAAUUAUUUUUGCAGUUCUGUUCGGUGUUGCUAGUCGCAUAAAUUACACACUUCACCUUUAAAUUUGUAAAUCAGUGCACUAAAGAUAACUUUACUAAUUACCAUUUAUCUGCAGUGUGGUAUUUUCUUCAUAAAAACAAAGAAUAUGCUCACAACAAUACUGUGCCACUUCAAAGAAAAACAUUUUGCAAUGGCAAAGUUUAAUUAGAGGAUUUCCUGAAAGCCAAAUAAUGGUGAAAAAAUUGUGCCAUUACGUUCCUUGAGUGCAGAAUAGUGUGGACUCUUCAUGAUUUUCAAUAUUCCAAAUUUUUAACCCAGCAAGUAUAAAGUUACUCAUAACGUAUUUGCAAAUUAGGAAAACAAAAAGUAGAGAAAUAAAAAUAAUACAAGAAAACAAUAUGCUUCUACAUGAUUAUGAGCCUAGUCUGAGAAAACAGAAGCAGAGUCCUUGCACUGUGACUUUUAGCAUCUCCAUCCUGAGAGCAUUGAAAUCAAUCCAGCCUUGGUAUUAACACUGAAUCCUAUCGUCCUCCUCUCUCACAACAAUCUACCAGAGUGGGGUUUGAUUUACUGCUGCAUGGACGGAGCCUAAAUUUAUCUUCCUAUUUCAGGGAGUGUCUAUCCUGUGAAACACUAUUCCUAAUUGCAGCAUGAAAACAUCAGCUUGUGAUUUAAAGUCGGCAGUCAACAGGGUUUGAAAGUGGCCCAAAUGAGAACAAAGAACAAAAGUUAUCUGUUGUUAUCUUCUAACAAUAAUCUUAUGAAAGGACAUCUCCCAAGUUAUGAAGUGAGCUUUUUUUUUUUUUUUUAUCCAUAAAGAGUAUUUAAUUGUCCAAAUUAUGAUGCCUGCUUUGUAUCACUAUUUGUACAUUCCAAGAGCCUUGUGUGCAUAUGCAGUAUAUGAAUGUGUUAAAAGGUAUAACUUUUAGAGAAAAGUUAUAUAGUAUCAGAGGUUAGCAGUGAUACUUAAUAGGUGACAUGAUUGACUGUAGCCAUCAGGCAAAUGCCCCCAAUAUAGAUCAACACCCAGUGAUCAUAAUAUGCAUGUGCAGUGUGCUACUGGGUGUGAAGAAAGAACUAUUGCCCAUGCAAAGGUCUGUGUUGGAAACUGUAGAUAUUUCACCAAUACAGAACUGGGAUCAGAUUUACUUUGUCUUGGGAAGAAUAAAGUUCAGGGUGGGGUUUUGAAACUGAUUCCAGCUCAGCUCUGGUUAAAUCUUACCAGGGUUAACAGGUUAACAUUCCCUUUAAAGAACACUGAACCGCAGAAGCUACACCAGUGUCCUAAAAAAAAUUGAAUCUCUCCAUAUGAGCACAGGAUAGAGCGAAGUUGAAAUCCAGUCCGUUUAUAAUGAAAGUUAAAGGGACAGUUCACCCAAAAACUGUCCCUUUACUCACCCUUAUGCUGUCCCAAAGCUGUAUGACUUUCUUUCUUCCACAACAGGAAAGUGUUAGCCUUCCAUCACCAUUCACUUUCAUUGCAUGGGAAAAAAUAAAAGAUGCUAUAAAAGUGAAUGGUGACUGAGGCUAACAUUCUUUCUAACAUCUCGUUUUGUGUUCCAUGGAAGAAAGAAAGUCAUACAGGUUUAGAACAACGUGUGGGUGAGUAAAUGAUGACAGAAUUUCAUUUUUGGGUGAACUAUCCCUUUAAUGGUGGAUUUGUUAUAGAGCCUGUUUGUUACUGUGAUCAUUGGACAGAUGGUUUAUCCUGUGUGACAGUCUGGUGUUUAAAGAAUGGCAGUUUGGUGCAGAGUGCAUGUUUACAACUACUUUUAAUUUUUCAGUUUAGAAUGAUUUCAGACGGUCAUGUAUACAGUAUAUAGAUACUGUCUAUAUUUUAUCUAAAGUUUAACCACCGCACGCCUGCUGAAACAAAAAUGACAAAGAUGUCUGCCUGAAGUGAGACCUUGCUGAUCGUUGCUACUUUUAAGUUUCACAUGAUAUAUUUUUUGACCUUGUCCAGACCAUAAGCCCAUUGUAUCUAUCCACUGUACUUUUCUAUUAUCAGUUAAUAGCAUGUUCAUUGUGAAAGUACCUCUGUGGCUGUUCUUUUUUAUGUUUUGUACUUUGUAGACAGAGGUUUGGCACCAAUACUGUAUGCUGACCAAUGGGCAACUGAGGAAUGUCACUGGCAUUUAACCUACAGGAAAUGCCAUUUCUGAAUCCUAUGAAUGUCACGUUCCGUGUUGUUUCUGUCAAAAUAAAUAACUGAUAGCCUUAACUUAAAAAAAUUGCAUUUUGCCUGGAGCAAAGUAAGACUCUUGCAAUACAAACCACUGAAAUAAUCAACCAAAAGAAGGAACUAAACUCAAAUGCUGAAAAGAGAGUUCAACAUCUGUUUUGCUGUGUUGCAAUAACUCAUUGCUAUCAAUGUCAUCAUACUGGCCUACUCGCUCUCAGCUGUUCAGCACAGAGGUGAUCCAGGCACAGAGUCGUGUCCUGGACAUCACAAAUUAGCUAGAUGAUGUUUUGAACACUGGCCAACUUGUAACUUUUUGCAGUCAUCUGUCUCUUUUCUUAUGAACAUUAUGCGAUUUUAUCUGUAUAAACCAUGCUGACUCAAGAACAAAUCAGGAAAGGAUUUUAAAGGGAUGUUUCAAUUGACUGGUCAAAACCGGUCAAAAAUGAAAAUUGAAAAUCAUCUAUUUACUCUCAUGUUGUUCCAAACCUGAAUUACUUUCUUCCGUGAAACACAAAAGGAGAUGUUAGGUGGCAUGCUAGUCUCAGUCACCAUUCACUUUUAUUGCAUUACAAUAAAUUGCAUUACAUUGUAUUGCUUUUUUCCAUACAAUGCAAGUAAAUGGUGACUGGGGUGGAACAUCUCUGUUUUGCCUAACAUUUCUGUUUGUGUUCCAUAAUAGAAAAAAAUUCAUACUGGUUUGGAAUGCCACAAGGGUGAGUAAUAGAUGAUAGAAUAUUUAGUUUUGGGUGAUCUGUACCUUUAAGGAUGGUGAGUUUUAUUAAAGCCUAUGUGACGUCAAAAUUCUAGACUCAAAUAUGAUUUUAACUUAAAUCUUCAGCAAAACACCACAUCACCCUCUUACAUUGAGACAUCCAAUAAAACAGAUGUCCUUACCUGUCUCAUAGAGACAGCAUAGCUUAUUUAAAGUGUUUCUCUAUUCUUAGCUUGGACAGAUGAACAGUAUUGAGCAGCACUGAUGCAGUAGAGCCCAUAUCAACCCUGAAUGUGAUGUUCUACGUGUGUGUAUAACUCCUGCCUUAGGGUUAGUGUGGUUUGUAGUAGUCCAUCUGUGUGGUAGGCAACAAGGGUCAAGGACAGAGAUUCCUGCAGACUGAGAUUGGGUUCAAGGGCAAAGAUUAAUCGUGCCCUUAACAAACUCAUGUAGCAUCUUUUACUUUGUUCCUUGUUAGCUGUUGGCAUCCAUGUUGAUAGGAAAAAAAGUUUUAUUGAAUAAAAGGAAAGAAUGAA